GCUCCAUUCUCCCAAGACGACAAAUCGCAAACAACAAUGCAGGUCCACGCCGUACCUGAUUCAGAGCGCGCCCUCACAUCGACGGGAAGGCGACUUCCUUGGGCGUACGAGUUUGCCGACUCAGAUCAUACCCAGCGGCGCAUCCCAGAGGAAAAAGGUCCGUUCGGCAAGGCCCGCAAGCGCGGCCUCUCCCGCAGUAAAACAGCAACUCCAGCGCGCGGACAAGACCAGGCGAAGCUCGAGAAUCUCCGCGUCAUUGACGAUAUCUUUUCCAAAACAAAGCAGCAGGAAGCGCAGAGGGAAUCGUUGCGAACGCGGAAGCCAUCAGGGCCCAACGGAUCCCUCCCCAUCUCUGCAUCGGCGCCGAAUCUGAUAGAUGCUGCGGGAUUAGACAGCUCACUUUUCCAAGGGAAUGGCUCUACUGCGGCGCCAAAGGAGCCUACAGAGGUUAUACUGUGGGGUUAUGGACCUGAUCAGCAAUGGGCUGCGAUAGACUUCUACGAGAAAGUGUCGGGUGGCAUCAUAUACGAAGACUACGACCGACUACCUCCAAAUACGCGCUAUAAUCUCUCGUUAUCGCAACACAAAGCUUCCUCGGUCCGCUCGCUCUCAAAGGCUUCAUUGCGCAAGCUCAACGAAUAUGUCGGCGGUGAUCACUGGAUUAAAGUCACUUUCGAUUCCCCAGAAGCUGCAGAGCGCGCGUGCCACUACUCUCCAAAAGUUAUACAAGGGCACAUUGUCACAGCCCAGCGCUAUGUGGGCCGUGGACCUCCCGAGGAUAAGGCUGUGCGAGCAUCACCGGGGUCGGCAGUCGCAUCACUGGCAGGAUCCCCCAACGCGUCUUCGUCGAGCACCCUUCCCUUCGGAACUUCAUCUUCUGCGACCGCUUCAUCAGCUACAGCUACGACGUCUGUACCAGCGUCAAUGCCACAGCGCCUGGCAUCUGAACCUUUUCUCCGCAGCACCGGCGCCUUCCCUAUCGACGACGACGAAACCCUCAUCCCUCAACGACAGGCACAACCUCCGGCACCCACAAACACAACGUCCACAUCCGUAGAAACAACUCGCCAAGCCGGCCGCUCGACUUUACGCGUGAAGGGCGCGAAAGCCGCUGUUCUUCUGCCGGCCGAGAAAGCCUUCCUCCCCGCUCCCUCCCCCUGGCAGCAGACAUUUCGAAGCUGGCCGGUCAUAGGCUGGAUUGUUGGCACCAACCACGGUAUCAUUGGCGACCAGGUGCCUAGGAAGGAGGACGGCUCGUUCGACAGCGCAAAUGCAAGUUUGUACUGGCGUAUGUGGUAUAACAUCGAUUCGUGUUUUGGAACCAAUUUCUGCGGCGUGAGAGAUGCUGAGUAUGAAGAUUGAAGUAGCACGGAAUGAGAAUUUGCAUUGGUCGGCGUCUGGGUUGGGAUGGCAUGGCAGCAUAUCUUGUUGCUCUAUUGGAAGGGGUUAUCCAGCCCUAUCUGCUGCUUGGAACGAGAAAUCGUGGUCGUAACACUUCAUGAGCGGGGCGAAAUCAUAGUCUACCUUGUUAAAUACCCAAACUUUUCGAACAAUCAGAAAUUUUAUCAUU